AUGAGCAGAACUUUGACAGAAGUAGAGAGGAAAUAUUCUGCAAUUGAAAGGCUUUGUCUAGCCUUGUACUUCACUGCUGUGAAACUCAGACACUACAUGUUACCAUACACCAUCUACAUCAUUGCAAAGACAGAUUUAAUCAAAUACAUGCUAAUAAGGCCAAUGUUGAGAGGCAGAAUUGGAAAAUGGACUUUGGCUUUGACAGAAUUUGCUUUCAGAUAUGUUCCUCAGAAAGCUGUCAAAGGACAAGCUGUUGCAGAUUUCCUAGUAGAUCAUCCAGGAGAAGAUAUUGAAAACAUGGACUCUUUGGACAUAGCAAAUGCAGAUAUGCUAACUAGAGCUCAUACUUGUCUUAACAAUCCUAUCUAUUCAGUUCAUCUCACACCUUGGAAGCUGUAUUUUGAUGGAUCAAAAACUGAUAUAGCUUCUGGGGCAGAGAUUGUUUUGGAGGAACCAUUAGGAAUCAGACAUUGUUAUUCCUUCUAG